AUGUCCUGGUCGUUUUGGGAAAGAAGGGCUCCCACGCUCCGGCCACAACAUGGAAGGAGGCAACGAGGUGCUCGGCCUCCUGACUCACACAUGCCGCGAGAAAGCAUCGCCACGCGUUGCGUGACCCCCCUCUCUCUUGCUUUCUCUCCGUCCCUCUGUCUCUCGCGAUGUAGCGGACUCUGCCAGUGGCCUCAAGGCCUGCUCCCGCGCGCCUGUCUCUCCUUUCCCACACUCCACACGACGCAGGGGGCGAGACGAAAGGCGCACCGUCACAAGUCGAGUCCGAGGUGA